AUGGCUCUCCCGUGUCGGUUUGCGGCGCGCAGCUGCGCUCGCCAGUUGCGAUCAGCCACCUCUCCCCGAUCCUCCGCACAAAUGCUCCGAGCGUCAUGCACAACGAGACGGUACAACUCAACAGAGGCCGCCGCCGCAAACCCCAAGAUCGACGACAUUGUCGACCAGAUCAGCAAGCUGACGCUGCUGGAGACUGCCGAUUUGGUCUCAAGCCUAAAAAGCAAGCUGAACAUUCCCGAUAUGCCCAUUGGCGGCUUUGCUGCCGCUCCCGCUGCCGCCCCCGCCGCUGCUGUUGAGGAAGCCGAGGAGGCCCCUGCUGCCCCUGCCGAGAAGACUCUCUUCACCCUGAAACUGCAGUCAUUUGAUGCCGCCGCCAAGGCCAAGGUCAUCAAGGAGAUCAAGGGCCUGCUGGGCUUGAGUUUGGUCGACAGCAAGAAGUUUGUCGAGAGCGCGCCGAAGAUGAUGAAGGAGAAUGUGCCCAAGGAGGAGGCCGAGAAGAUCAUUGCCACCUUGAAGGAGCUUGGUGCCGUGGUCGGAAUGGAGUAA